AUGCCCAAAACCAAACCCUAUCUUUUUCUCAAACGGAGACCAGAUUCCCCACCCUCUUAUCCAACGCAGAAACACCCCUCGCCCACCCCGCAGCAGCCUCGAUCAUCCCGCAGCGGCGUAGCCCCCCUCUCCACCCACUCCCUCCACAGGCAUCCUUUGAGAGGCGUCUCAGCCACAGUCCCACUGCUCCUCCUCAGCUCCUCCACUGUUAAGGACCUUCAACCUUCACUUCAGAUCUCAGAAAAGGUAUCCGUGGUUCACUGCUUUAAGCAAGCUUCUGUGGGGGCUGGAGGUGAUGCUUUCGGCUCCGACGUGGUUCUAUGGAUAACGUUUGGAACUCCAGGCUCAGAUGGUGAUGCUUUCGACUCCAAAA